AUGAGUGAUCCGAGCGACAAGUUAGCGUAUUUCCAAGCGAUCACGGGUCUUGAAGACUCCGAUUUGUGCGUCGAGAUCCUCACCGCCCAUGGCUGGGACCUCGAGCUCGCGAUCUCCUCCUUCACCACCCCCGAGAACCACACCCCUCCGCCGCCGGAGAAUCACGCCGCCGGCACCUCCUCUACUGUCUCUGACGCCGGCGAGGCCUCGCAGUUCGUUUCUCAUUCCGGAUCGCCUCCGAACGCCGCGGUGGCUCCCGGGCUGGUCUGGAGGGUGAUUACUCUGCCGAUUUCGGUCAUUUCCGGUGGUCUAGGGUUGAUUUCCGGCGCGAUUGGGCUUGGUAUGUGGGCCGCGGGAGGCGUGCUGUCGUACUCGCUCGGGAUGAUUGGGCUGGGCCCGGGCCGGGGAGGCGAGGGCUCGGCGAGGUUAGUGUCGGUGUCGGCUGUGGCGACGGAGGCGAUGGAAUUCGUGGCGAGUUUCGAGAGGGAUUAUGGGACGAGGGGCCCGAAUUUCGUGAGCGAAGGGUUUAUGGAGGCGUUGCAGAGAUCGAGGAACUCGUUCAAGCUGUUGUUUGUGUACUUGCACUCGCCGGAACACCCCGAUACGCCGUCGUUCUGCGAGAGGACUCUGUGCUCCGAGGCCUUGGCGGCUUAUAUCAACGAGAACUUUGUGUCGUGGGGAGGGAGCAUUCGGGCCAGUGAGGGAUUCAAGAUGAGUAACAGUUUGAAGGCCUCGAGGUUUCCUUUCUGUGCAGCUGUAAUGGCUGCCACGAACCAGAGGAUUGUGCUGCUUCAGCAGGUUGAGGGACCAAGAUCUCCUGAAGAAAUGCUUUCAGUACUGAACAGAGUGGUUGAAGAAAGUGCUUCUGUUCUUGUUUCAGCGAGGCUUGAGGCAGAAGAAAGGAGAAACAACAUACGUUUAAGGGAGGAGCAGGAUGCUGCUUAUAGAGCAGCACUCGAAGCUGAUCGAGCAAGGGAAAAUCAGAUGAGAGAAGAGCAAGAACGCCUGGAAAGAGAAGUUGCUGAAGCUGAGAGGAAGCGUAAGGAGGAAGAAGAGGCUCGUGAGAGAGAAGCACGUGAAGCUGCUGAGAGAGAAGCGGAACGAGCUAGGAUACGUCAGGAGAAGGCCUUGGCCCUUGGUGCUGAACCAGAGAAAGGACCUGAUGUUACACGAGUUUUGGUGAGGUUCCCAGCCGGAGAACGCAAGGAAAGAAGGUUCCACCGUACCACUACAAUCCAGUCUCUAUAUGAUUAUGUUGACUCUUUGGGUUGCUUGGACGUCGAUGAUUACAGUCUGGUCUCUAACUUUCCCCGGGUGGUAUAUGGUCCAGAGAAGGCCAACUUAAACUUGAAAGAAGCAGGGUUGCAUCCUCAAGCCAGCCUUUUUGUGGAGCUGAAUUCUUGAGUACUUGAAAACGCAUCAAAGUAUUGAUAUCAAAGUUAGUAGACAGAUUGAGACCUGCAAACUGCUAGUAGGGUACUUUUGUUUUGCUUCUCUAUAGUACGAUCCAUUUUGUUAGAACGAUAUGACGAGGUAAGAUAGAUACAAUUUGUGUCUAAUGUGGAUGGGUAGUUUCUUUCAAUGCAAAUUCUUUCGUGCAAGCGACCCUUAAAUGCAAGCGGGGUUUGAAAUGAAUAA